AUGUACAUCCCAGCAAAGCUGACAUUUCGCAAGAUGGUGACUUCAGAGGCCCCGUUACACCCUAAGACACCGUCAGUCGGCUUGGAAGCUGCGGGCCUUGUUGCCCUUGCCGAGCUGACAACUAUCCAGGAGAGGACUGCUUUAUCGGGGACAUCCUCCCUGCUGGACAUAUUUAUCUUGGCUCCCGGUCUCCAUGUACAGGAGAGAGCGGUUGAACUGAAUACGGGGGAGUAUCCAGCAUGCGCUGCUCUCACUACAGGUUAUGUCUUCCGCGUGGAGAAUCCUGCAACUGUGUUCUACCUGCAAAGAGUCGGACGAACCGGAAAGUUGACUACUCUCAACGUCACAAGGUUAAACAGCGCCGCAAAGUGGCACCACAGACUAAAAUCAGUCUUCAUCUCACCCUCCAAAACGAACAUUAUUCCGGUCGUGACCUACUUCAUGGCGGUCCUCUGGGGAAUCGCAGGCUUGCUCCUGCUCAUUUUAUCCGAAGAUUGGUGGGGAGUCGCCGUGGUGGGAAUCCUUAUGACAACACGCCUGAUCAAUUUUGUGGUGAUUAGAUGUCGAAGCGAGCUGACGUGGGCUGGGGCACCGGAGCCAGGUGAAGUGGGAGAUCUGUUUAUUCUGCUUAGCCAGGACCGUUGGAUUCGAAUACAAGGUCUUGUGGACGAUCUGAAAGCAGUGACCUCUGGGAAAUGGCUUCGGGAUCAAACGACGGUGGAAAGCUGGCUUACUGCCAUUGCCAAAGUCUGCGUGUACCUCGCCGCUGCAUUGGCUAGCAAUGUCACCCAGUUCGGCACGAUUAUUCUUCUCAGUCUAUUCAUUGGCUCAGCGGGCCUCCUGGGGCUGGCAAAUUCAGCGACCCAUGAGCUACACAUGCAUGGGCGCAUGGUCAGAGUGACCGGCGAGCGCAGGAGUUACGGCCGACGCCUGGAUCUUGCAAAGGAGUUGACUGAUGAAACAAAACGUGAUGACUGGGCCGUGCGCAUGGGACUCAUUGUCAAAGAUGAGCCAACAACUAACACGGUGAGAGUUGAAAUGUAG